AUGGGAACCUGCUGGCCUAAGCCUGUAGAUAGUCUUCCCACCACCAUCAGUUCUAGUCCAGCUCAUAAUGAUGCAAAGCUGAUAAAGAACAGAAAUCGCCACAACAGCAACAGCAACAGCAACAGCAACAUUUAUGAGAACGGUGGGCUUUCAGCGGCUGAUCCCAAUCGCGGUGGAAAAGGAGGCCGUGGGGGCAGCGACCAUCAGGGUGUUCCUCCAAGUGAGAGCACGUCGGAGAGAAAUUCUGUGGGAGCAAGAGGCAUAGAUAACAAUGGCCAAAAGAUCAACGUGACGCGUACCUUCACAUUCGAAGAACUUGCAAUGGCGACCCAAAAAUUUAGAGAAUCUAAUUUAAUCGGGAAAGGAGGUUUUGGAAGUGUUUACAAGGGCUUCCUAGAUUCUGACAUGGUUGUUGCUGUCAAACAACUAAAUCUCGAAGGUCUUCAGGGGAAUCAAGAGUUUAUCGUGGAGGUAUUCAUGUUAAGCCUGCUGCACCAUCCCAACCUCGUUAACUUGAUUGGAUAUUGUGCUCAUGGAGAACAGAGAUUUUUGGUGUAUGAGUACAUGCCACUGGGGAGCCUGGAUCGUCUUCUCUUUGAUUUAGAGCCUGAUCAGAAGCCAUUGAAUUGGAGCACAAGGCUGAAGAUUGCUUUAGAUGUUAUCGAUCACAACAGAAAGCCAGAAGAGAAGAAUCUGAUUAUGUGGUUCCUUCCUUUUCUAAAAGACCACAAGAAGUUUGUCCAGAUGGCAGACCCACUUUUAGAGAGGCGUUUCUCCGUCCGAAGUCUGCAUCAUGCAGUAACAAUUACUGCAAUGUGUCUUCAGGAACAACCAAGUUUCCGCCCUGCCAUCAGUGAUAUUGUUACAGCACUUGAAUACGUAGCCUCUUAG